AUGCCUCCUUUUCAAUCUUUCGAUUAUGAGAAGGAUGAGGGCUGGGCUUCCCUGUCGAGUGCCUCCUCCGACCUCUCCGAAGAUGAGCUGGACAAUCAGGAGGAGACUACCACCCAUACAGAACCAGAGUCUAGAUGGACGACCGUUACCACAGUCAAAUUCGAAUCGCUCUCACCUUCACCCUCUCCUUGUCCCGGCUCGAGUUCCAACCUCCUGUAUGAUAUCCCUGCUACUAGGCCCGAGGAAUGGUCGGACGCAACUACUGAGGACGAGGAAGAGAACAAGCUGUUACAAGAGUUCAUGCGUGCACCAACUUCGGUCGACCAUGACUACAAUCCACAUGUCCAUGCCAACUCGGGCCAACGCCGCUCAAGUCGCCAGCACAGCGCUGUAAGCGGAGAUGUGGGCGAUUCGCAUGCUACACUGGCCUAUCCGACAACUCGCACAGAGGAGUCUAGCUCCAAUCCAGACUAUCAGACACAGGACGCUCUUAGAAAACGGAAAUUCGUAGAUUACGCCAGAAUUCCCCGGAAUCCUUACACUAAGGAUGGCAAGAGGCGCAUUCUGGCUGGGGACGCGGCAGCUGUUUGGAGGCUCUUUCGGAGGUUAGAGGCCUCGAAGGAGUGGGGAAAAUUGAGUCAGGCGGAACGAGAAGCACUCCGAGCAAGUGAGAAAGAGAAGUUGAUGCACGAACGGUUUGAGAACCGCCAGUCCUGGGAAUAUUGGACGAGCGACUUAGCACCACCUCCAAGGCAACCCAAAAAACGCGUGAAGGUCGAGCCUGCUGAACACUCACGACCUGUUCAGACCAAAAAACGCAUGCCGGCCGACCCUACUGAACACUCGCGACUUGUCCAAUCAGGCCGGAAUAAAGAGCCUGCGCAACGUGCUGAUUCUGCUGAACGAGCUAUUUUGGCAACCCUAACUUCGCCUACGAUAGACGACGACGACGAGUCCCAGCUUUCCGGUUCAGACUCAGAGGAAGAGGAUAAUACGAAGGGUGCAGAUGCUUCCCCACGGAAGAAGACAUACGGCCCUCCUCCCUACAAGAACCGAAAACGACAAAAUAUCUCACGCAGGGAGCUACGAAAUUAUAUCUUUCUUGCCGCAUGCGUAAAGCAUGCACAGAACAGACUCGAGCCGGACUGGACUGCCCUUUCAGAAGAUCUGGGUAUCUCACCACAUACUGCGGACAACAAAUUACGGAGGUUGAAGAAACGGCUUGUCGCAGAAGGUGCGGAGUUUGGACAUCGCUGGUGA